AUGUCGAGCCCAGGGCCGCGGUGCCCGGUGCGUGAGCAGCGGGCCCGCUGGGAGAGGAAGCGAGGCCGCACAGCGCUGGAGCUGCUGGACACGGAGCAGCGCUACCUGGAGCAGCUGGGGCUGGUGGUGCAGUAUUUUUUGUGCAUCUUGAGAGCUAAGGGCACCCUGCGACCAGCCCAGCUCCAGGCUGUGUUCGGACCCUGGGAAACCAUCCACGCCGCCAGCCAAGAGCUGCUCCUGCACCUGGAGGCUGGAAAUUGGGGAGCAGGCCUGGAAAGAUUGUGUGACCACCUGGAGCUCUACACUCGCUUCGCUGCCAAUGAGGAGCGAUCCAGGGCCGCCCUCCAGGAGUGCCUGAGGAAGAAGCCUUUCAGAAAGUUUGUUCGGCUUCAGGAGGGGCGUCCCGAGUUUGGGGGCCUUCGGCUGGUGGACCUGCUUCCCUUACCACUGCAACGCCUCCAACAAUAUGAAAACCUGGUUGUAGCUUUGGCUGAAAAUACCAGUCCUGACAGCUCUGACUAUCAACAGCUCUCAAAGGCUGCUCGGAAGUUGAGUGAGGUCACCCAGAAGGUUAGUGCUAUCAGUCGAGAACACGAGAAUGGCCGGCAGCUCCAUCGUAUUCAGACUUUACUCAGUGGCCGUCGGGCUAAAGGUCUGACCAAAGGGCGCUGGUUCCUUCGGCAGGGCUGGCUACUAGUGGUCCCCCCUAAAGGGGAGCCAAAGUCUCGAAUGUUCUUCCUCUUCUCUGAUGCACUUUUGAUGGCCAAGCCACGGUCUGUCCUACAUAUCCUGUAUGGAGGGACCUUUGUUUGUCAGGCCCUUUACCCCAUGGCCCAAUGCCAGCUUCAAAGGAUCUUUGGUCACUCAGGGGGACCAGGGGGUGGACUGCUCAGUCUUUCUUUUCCCUAUGAAAAGCUGCUGCUCAUGUCCACAGACCAAGAAGCACUAUCCCGCUGGUACCACAGUCUGACUGCAGCCAUCAGCAGCCACACAAGAUAGAAGAGCGCCUUAUGGCUGUCAGCAGUUAGACAUGGGAAGUCUGCCUGCUUUGAAGCUUCAGCAUCUCUAGAACACGUGUGACUAGCCACCAUCUGGUGGUGAAGAAUAUGGUGCUGUGUGUAUGAUAUGUAUAUUUAUGUUUGAGCAUGUUUGAGCACAAAUGUUUGGGAUGAUCAAGCUGUAUACUUACAUGGAAUAAAUUUUAUUUUUAUUAAAACA